UCGGGUGCCCCGCACAGUCUCUCACUCGGGCGAUUUGUCUACGCACCAGGCCACACGCGGGUGCUCUCUUCUUUUUCUAGCGUCUAACUUCCUCACAAACCACCACCAUGUCCGACGAAGAGUACAGCUCCGAGGAAGAGUCUGAGGAAGAGGACCCCGCAGCGGAGAAGGCCAAAGCCGAGGUAGCUAAGCGGCAGGCCGCUAUGCUGGAAGCUGCAAGACAGAAGGCCUUGGAGAUCGAGAAGAAAAAGGCCGAUGUACGCAAAAGGCUCGAAGAAUCCAGCCAAAAGAAGGCCAAGAAAGGCUUCAUGACACCAGAGCGCAAGAAGAAGCUCAGGCUGUUGUUGCGUAAGAAAGCUGCUGAGGAGCUCAAAAAGGAGCAGGAGAGGAAAGCCGCCGAAAGGCGCAAGAUCAUCGACGAGCGCUGUGGCCAGCCCAAAAAUCUGGAUGGAGCUAAUGAAGAACAACUUAAAGCAAUCUGCAAGGAAUACCACGAGCGAUUGUUCCUUUGCGAGUCCCAGAAAUGGGAUCUUGAGUAUGAGGUUCGGAGGCGAGAUUAUGAGAUCAACGAACUCAACAUUCAAGUGAACGACUUACGCGGCAAAUUCAUCAAGCCCACUCUGAAGAAGGUCUCCAAGUACGAGAAUAAGUUCGCCAAGCUCCAAAAGAAGGCUGCCGAGUUCAACUUCCGUAACCAGCUCAAGACUGUCAAGAAGAAGGAGUUUGAGCUCGAGGACGACAAGGCUGAUAAGUCAAAGCCUGAAUGGGCAGCAGGCGGACCCGGUGCAGGCAAGAAGGAAGGAGAAGAGGGCGGAGCGGGAGAGGGUGAAGCCGGAGAAGCCGAAGGUGCGCCAAGCACUCAAGGGGAAGGCGCUCCAGAGGCAGCACCUCAGGAGGCAGCGCCUGCAGAGCCUCCGGCAGACGCACCUCCUGCAGAAAUUUCUGCUGAGGUUGCGCCUGCCGAGAGCGCCCCUGCUGAGGGAACUGAAGCUCCCUCAGCAGAGGGGACUGAAGUUCCCUCAGCAGAGCCUGCCCCUGAGGCUGCUCCCUCUGAAGCUCCCCCAGCAGAACAAGAGCCUGCGGCGCCAACGGAAGGGGAAGCGCCGCCCGCGGAAGCAUAAACUGCUUCAACUGCUUCUG